UCUUGAGGAGCGGAUAUUAGUUUACGUUAUCAUGUCGUCGUACGGCCGAGAUAGAGAUGGUGAUAGAGGAAGCGAGCGUAAAUCGCGCCGACAUCGUAGUAGAAGUCGAGACAGGGGAAGAAGGAGAAGCCGCAGUCGCAGUCGCAGUCGAAGCCGUAGUCGCGAUCGUAGCCACGAUUAUAAUAAGUCCUUUAAGCCUGCGAAUAGCGGAAGCAGUUUUUUUGGGAAAAAUAAAGACACACAAGUUAACUUACCUACACCCAAAUGGGAUCUUUCAAAGCUUCCGCGUUUUGAGAAAAAUUUUUAUACUCCUUGCGAGGCGGUCUUGAGACGUACUCAAGCCGAAGUUGAAGCCUUUCGCCUUGCAGCUGAGAUGUCUGUAAUUGGACGAGAUGUUCCUCGUCCGAUACAGUCUUUUGAAGAAGCUCCGUUUCCUGAAUACAUCAAAAGUGUUCUUGGUAAACAAGGAUUUGUUAAGCCCACGCCUAUCCAGGCACAGGGCUGGCCCAUGGCUCUUUCUGGUCGAGAUAUGAUCGGAGUCGCUGAAACCGGCUCGGGAAAAACGCUUUCUUUUAUUCUUCCAGCUAUCGUACAUAUAAUGGCCCAACCCAUUUUGUCUCCCGGUGAUGGCCCCAUUGUUUUAGUUUUAGCUCCUACCCGAGAACUUGCGAUGCAAAUUCAGCAGGUCGCCCAGCAAUAUGGCUCAGUGUGCUCGAUAAGCAACACUUGUAUAUGCGGAGGAGUAUCGAGAUAUCCUCAAAUAGAGCAACUGGAAAAGGGUGUUGAAAUAGUGAUUGCCACCCCGGGUCGACUUCUGGACAUGCUCGAGAGUCGCCAUACUAAUCUUCGGCGUUGCACAUAUCUUGUUCUUGACGAGGCCGAUCGGAUGUUGGAUAUGGGCUUCGAGCCAGACAUGAACAAGAUUGUCAACCAGAUUCGCCCGGAUAGGCAAACCCUGAUGUGGAGCGCCACAUGGCCUCCAGGUGUCAAACGAUUGGCCGAAACAUACUUAUCGGAAUAUAUUCAAGUCAAUAUAGGCUCAUUAGAACUCUCCGCCAACUCUCGCAUUACCCAGAAAAUAGACAUUUGCACUAAAUAUGAAAAGGAGCAAAAGUUGAUACAAAUUUUAAGGACAUACGUGAAUGUUCCUGGAAAAAUUCUUGUUUUUGUAGCUACCAAGCGCAGUACUGAGUCCGUCAUGCACAUGCUUCGGGGGCAGGGCUUCCGGGUCGGGUGCAUUCACGGUGACAAGUGCCAACGAGAGAGGGAUGCCGUGCUAAACGACUUUCGUGCUGGCCGCAUCAUUAUUCUUGUGGCCACUGACGUGGCUGGAAGGGGCCUCGACGUCAAGGACGUUACUACCGUGGUUAACUACGACUUUCCGUCCACGUGCGCCGAUUACAUCCAUCGUAUUGGUCGCACAGGCCGCGCCGGCAAGACAGGGGUCGCCUUCACGUUUUUUACUUCGGAAAACAGCAAGCAAGCAAAAGAGCUAAUCGACAUUCUUGAAUCGGCCAGUCAAGAAAUUCCCGCAAAAUUGCGGCAACUGGCCCAACUUUACCGCGACAAUGACUCCCGAUCAGGUCGUUACGGCGGUUACAACUAUGGGAAGGGCUUUGUGGCUGCCAAACAGACCACAAACACGGUCAACUCCUCCUCGUUUAAUGGAGUGUACAACGCAGCUCUUACCAAUUACAAUGCGAUGGCCUAUAGUAUAGCUCCAAGCCAGCCGCCCGUCUGUCCGCCGGCACCUAUGACAUCCUAUCCUGGCACAAUUAUGGGGACUCCGACGAUGCAGGCAGCUUACAACCCCCAAGCGGCUGCUCAGGCGUACGCUGCUCAGGCUUCCAUGUAUGCUCAAGCCUACGCCACCCACCCUCCGCAAGGAUAUUAAAUCAUUACUAAUGGAAAUAACUUCUAAAUUUUUCUAAUAAAAGGAAUAU